AUGGCCGCUUCAGUGCUGGGCUGGAGCAAACGUCCUGGGCACAGGCUGGACAGGAGGAGGAAGGGGGGCUACGUGGAAGGCCGCCCCGGCUCCCUGGUGACGCUCAGCACCUGCUCGGGUCUGAGGGGGCAGCUGCGAGUCGGCAACCGGAGCUACGGCAUCGAGCCCGUGCCGGGAUCCCUCACCUUCCAGCACCUUCUCUAUCGCAGGGAGGAGAGCCCAGACAUGUCGCUGACGUGCGGCCUGACCCAGGCUACCCCGCGGCAACAGGAGGGCAUCAGCGCCAAGCUCAGCGCGCAGGACUACCUGCAGCGGCUGAAGCACACCAGCUACGUGGAGAUAUUCGUGGUGGUCGACCACUACCUGUUCUCCUUCUACAGGAGGAAUGAGAGCGCCGCUGUACAACUGGUCGUGGACGCCAUCAAUUUGUCGGAAACGUACUACUACCCCCUCAAGGUCCGCAUCUGCCUCAUCGGGAUCGAGAUCUGGACCCACAGCAACCUCAUCGGAUACAGCCAGGACAUCGAGUACGUCCUCAACAACUUCAACGACUGGGCAAGCCAGGAUCUCUCGCGGAGGAUGAAAUACGACCUCACACAUUUAUUUACCUACAGGGACUUUGGAUUUGUUGUUGGGCUGGCGUACGUAGGCAGCGUCUGCUAUGCUGGUUAUAACACAGGCCUCGUGACGCACAUACGGGGAGACUUUGUCAUCUUUUCUAUUAUUUUUGCCCACGAGCUUGGCCACAAUCUGGGAAUGGAGCAUGACGCAAAGCACUGCGUGUGCGGCAAGGCCACUAAAUGCUACAUGACCGGAGAAUCGCUGGAAGACAGCAAGGCCUUCAGUAACUGCAGCAUUAAGAGCUUCCUCGACCUGCUCCAGAGAGGGGACGGCAACUGCUUGCGUAACGUCCCGGAGCCUCAUAGACUUUUCUACUACCAGCUUUGUGGCAACAAGGUGAUAGACGAGGGAGAGCAGUGCGACUGCGGGAGGCCGCUGGACUGCCAGCGCGAUCCGUGCUGCGACCAAAACUGCCGCCUGAAGCCGGGAGCCGUCUGCUCCAUGGGACGGUGCUGCCAGAAGUGCCACUUCCGCGCCGCAGGGCACAAGUGCAGGACGGAGACGGAUGAGUGCGACCUGCCCGAAUAUUGCAACGGGACGUCCGAGUGGUGCCCGAUGGACUUCUAUGUUCAUGACGGGACGCCAUGCAGCGACAACGGCUCCUGCUACCAGGGAAAAUGUGCCACCUAUGACAAGCAGUGCAGGAAGAUCUUUGGGAAGGAAGCCCGGGGUGCUCCGGAAAGUUGCUUCAAAAAGCUGAAUGUGAAAGGGGAUCGAUUUGGCAACUGUGGAGGCGAUGGGACCUCCGCUGCUUUUGUGGGGUGUAAACACCAAAAUGCUCUGUGUGGUCGGCUGCAGUGCGCAAACGUCAAGAGAAUACCCUUCCUGCGGGGGCCUGAAACCAUCAUUCAGACGCCAGGGCCCCAGGGCUGGUGCUGGGGCACGGGCUACCACGCCGGGAUAGACGUACCUGACAUUGGAGGUGGCCUCGACGGCACCAAAUGCGGUCCACAGAAGAUCUGUAUCAACAAGACAUGCAGAGAUGCUGCAGCCAGUAAAGAGUGCGAUCCGAAGGUUUUGUGCCACGGAAAAGGGGUUUGCAACAACCUCGAGCACUGCCACUGUAAGGCUGGCUGGGCUCCUCCUGCCUGCCAGUUCCACGGGCUCGGAGGCAGCGUGGACAGCGGCCCGCCGCCCCCUCUCUCCAUGUCCUUCUCGGAGGUUGUCCAAAAUAAAGCUUUUGGGACCGCAAUAGGGAGCAGCAUUGCUGUUGUCCUCACUCUGAUCGCGCUCGUCGUUGUUGUCAUCAAAUACAGGACGGCGAUGGUUGCACUUUUCCUAUGUAAAAAGACGACAAUGUUGGAGGAAAACGAAGCAGUGGAAAAUCCAUCAGCCGCAGGCCCCUCUGGGCAUGUCCUUGAAGCUGGACUGCUAGGCCCAGGAGAUGCAUAUAAAGUGAUAAACACAAAGUUGCUGUGUAAAUUGUAUAAAAGUUAA